ACUUCCUUCAAUACGAGGACAAAUCAAAUUUAUUGAAAAAAUCCUUGCAACCAUCGAAGUGGUCAAGCUAAAUCCUAGUGACGUCAUCACAUAUAUUUUCGCCACGCCUUGAAAUGAGUGGCAAAGUUCGUUUAAAGGAAAAUGGGUAUCUCGAUGAAGACCCAAUGACACUGCAAGAUAUCAUUUAUAAAUAUAUAUGUGAAAACCUAGAUGUAAUAAGUUCACCCAACAUGUGUGGCACCCUACGUCAACUAAAUGAGGGCAUCGUUCUUCCAAAUGACAUUUGCGAUCGACUGUUAAAAGCAUGUCAACGUUUUCGUCGCCAAUUGAGUGAUGAUGUGAUAAAUAUUUUUCAGGAUAGGACACGAACCUCGUUAAAAAUUGUGCACUUGAGAAAUAGUACUUUGACUAAUACAGGUUUGGAGAUGAUUAUGCGCCACAAGUUGUAUUCCCUUACGCUAUGGUACUGUAAUCAAAUAAAUGUGCAAUCGGCCCAGCUGCUAACGUUAUACGGUGAAGGGCUUCGCUCGUUAGAACUCGGUAUUAAUGCGCACAUGCUGCAAAACUCUGAGCCGAAUGAGAAAGAGCCCGUAGAUUUUGAGUUCAAUUGCCCGCAUCUUCGUCGAUUAGUUUUAAAUGGUGUAGUGCUGCAUAAUGGCUUGCAACUCAAUUGCCUGCUGGAACUGACCCAUCUCGAUUUGACAUCCUGCGUAUUAGUGGGUUUCAGUUUGGAAGUGCUAGCAAGCCUGCCACUACUGCACACCUUAAUAUUAUUUAAUGUGUGGCCAAUCGCUAAUCAAUUACAAGCAAUUUGCUUGUUGCGCCGAUUGCGUACAUUGGACAUUUCAAUUAGUAAUUCUGGCAAUGGACAUGGAACCUACGAUUUGCCCGACCAAACGUUGGAAAUGAUAAUGAAUAACUUACGAGAACUUACGCACUUGGAUAUUUCGGGUACAAAUUUAGCUGGUAAUGGGGUGGCAACGAAAGAAUCGAAUUUUAAAUUGCGCACCGACAUCCCGGGGCUGGAAUCGCGAAUACAGCGACCAUUACAGUUUUUGGGUCUCUAUCAUACGGCGCAUUCAGCUUGUAAACGUCACGAUAUACCGGCGAAUGAGAUCGCGGGCGACGCCGAUGAACAUCAAAUACUUACUGCAGCAAGGUAUUACUACGACAGACCAAUGCUUCUAACGAGAGUUUUGAAUGACCUCUACCACCUUUUCCGAUUUGAAAUCUGUAAGGAUAUACAUCUGGCAUUGGAUGCAGUGCUUACAGCUAUGGAUAGACAUUUGAAAUUCAAGCAUAUGCAAAUUUCGGGAAGUGCUACGCUGUUUUACAUAGUUAAAGGUCGCGAUCGCUCAAAAUUCGGUACUCCCUUGCGCCAUCACAUUAUUCGUACCCUACUCAACGGAAUGGAGACGCAUCUUACUGAUGAUACGAUGCUUCGAAAUGGUUAUCUCACGUUAACACAAUUCCAGAUGCCAAAUGAUGUUCUGUUCGUUUAUGAGCGCCUCAUAAAGGUCUUACUGCAUGGUGUAUCGAAGACUGAGCAGGAAGGCUUUGUACAGAGGAUAGCAAUAUAUUUAUUGAACACUUUAGCGUGUCAAGUGGAUGGCAAGCAAAAGCUAUUCUUAGGCGAACUGGGUGUCGUUAGUACAAUGUUAAACUUAAUUAAGGAUCGUUUAACGCGGUCGGUAUUCGAUGAUGUCAUGGAAGUGGCAUGGUCAACAAUGUGGAAUGUAACCGAUGAGACUGCAAUAAAUUGUAGAAGAUUUUUGGAGGGGCGCGGAAUGGAGUAUUUCUUGAAAUGCUUGCGUACCUUCCCCGAUCGUGAUGAGUUAUUGAGGAAUAUGAUGGGCCUCUUGGGUAAUGUCGCGGAAGUUAAAUCGUUGCGACCAAAACUCAUGACACAAGAAUUUAUAGAAGUCUUUCGCAAUUUAUUAGUAUCGGCAAGCGAUGGCAUCGAAGUAAGUUACAAUGCGGCGGGUGUGCUGGCGCACAUCGCUUCGGACGGACCUGAGGCAUGGACAAUACCGUCGCCAAGUCGGGACAGCGUGCUCAUACGCUUGGUGGAAGCCAUUAGACGUUGGGAUAUAAAAAGUGAAAGGAACAUUAAUUAUCGUAGCUUUGAGCCGAUUUUAGGAUUGGUACGCUGCUAUGAGACGCCUCAGUGUCAACACUGGGCUGUUUGGGCUCUAGCCAAUUUGACGCAGGUUUACCCAGAAAAAUAUUGCCAGCUGGUGAAAGAGGAACACGGUAUUGAAAUAUUGACUGAACUGAUCCAAGAUCCACGACCAUACGAGGAUAUAAAAUUAAUUGCGCGCAAAGUAAUUGAAAAAUGUACACAUUGGCCCAAUUGGUUGUUAGAUGGUUAAAAUCGAGACAGUUGUGUAAAUUAAUGAAAAAUCAAAAUUGGUGAGAGUUGGAUAGAGAAUAUCACCGAAUAACAAGUGAGCUAAGCUAACUAAUUGGAGUUAACGGAAGCGAUCGGCGCUCGAAUGGCAUACACGAGCGAGUAUAGGAACUUGUGUAAAUUUAUUCUCUGCUUCCUCUUAAGAAAUGUUUAUUUUUAAAUGGUAUACUGUUUAUUUAAAUUAUACACAAACGAUUAUAUUACAUUAUUAUUAAACAAUGUAAAAUUAUUAACGUAAGACCGAAGUCGCGAUAAGAAAUUCAUGGGUUAAGUAAGCUAAAUAAUAAUAAUAAUAAAGAAAACAGUGAAUUUGCGGCAAAGCAAUGGACGGAGACACGACUUCAUCGUUCCAAUGUCUACGUCGCAUGUAUGUAUAUAGGUUAUGUUUGCUCGAACUAAGCUAUUUAAUAAUCAAUUAGAGAAACUACACAAAUAACAUUGCUUAUGGGAGCUGUUCGCAAAUGUGGCGUUUUUUCAUUAUAAACUCAAAGAGAUUAACCGCUCAUUUAAAGAAAUGAGUAAUCGCAAAAAAAAUAUACAUAUAUAUAAAAAUGUAUGAGAAAACUCUACCCUAGGUGGUGUUCUUAGCGUUAAUAUAUAUACAUAUGUAUUCAAACAUUUAUCAUUCAUUACAUAGGUCAUGUAAAAAACAUAUUUCAUACCAGUUUAUUGCAGAUUCGCUCACCAUUACAUAACAUAACAUAAUAUACAAUGUAAAUCCAUUAUGAAAUGCAGCUUGUUUUCAUGCCAAUCACAAUUGUAAAUAUUCCGUAUAAAGAAGCCGUUAUAGUAGUGCGUA